AGGUGGAGGAGGAGGCGGCUCGGGAGAGCUAGCAGCGAGCUGGCUGGGGUGCCCAGCGGGAGGGAGCCGAACCGCCCGCCGCCGCCGUCUCCGCCACCCCUCCGCUAACAGGAGCCCGGGCCGGGGCCGGCACGCCGCCCCAGCCCGUCCCUCGGCGUCAGGCCGCGAGGGCAGCGCGCGCGAGCGAGGGGGAGGGAGAGCGAGCAAGCGCCUGGAGGCGGCGGCCGGACCGAGCGGGCGCCCGGGCGUGUGGCGUGAGGGGAAGCCGCCUGCCCGCCCCCUUCGCCUUCCCUUCUCUCCCCCUCCCCGCUCCCCCCCCGACCGCGGAGCAGCACCAUGUCGGCGCCGGCGGCCAAAGUCAGUAAAAAGGAGCUCAACUCCAACCACGACGGGGCCGACGAGACCUCAGAAAAAGAACAGCAAGAAGCAAUUGAACACAUUGAUGAAGUACAAAAUGAAAUAGACAGACUUAAUGAACAAGCCAGUGAGGAGAUUUUGAAAGUAGAACAGAAAUAUAACAAACCGCCAUUUUUUCAGAAGAGGUCAGAAUUGAUCGCCAAAAUCCCAAAUUUUUGGGUAACAACAUUUGUCAACCAUCCACAAGUGUCUGCACUGCUUGAGGAGGAAGACGAAGAGGCACUGCAUUAUUUGACCAGAGUUGAAGUGACAGAAUUUGAAGAUAUUAAAUCAGGUUACAGAAUAGAUUUUUAUUUUGAUGAAAAUCCUUACUUUGAAAAUAAAGUUCUCUCCAAAGAAUUUCAUCUGAAUGAGAGUGGUGAUCCAUCUUCGAAGUCCACUGAAAUCAAAUGGAAAUCUGGAAAGGAUUUGACGAAACGUUCAAGUCAAACGCAGAAUAAAGCCAACAGGAAGAGGCAGCAUGAGGAACCAGAGAGCUUCUUUACCUGGUUUACUGACCAUUCUGAUGCAGGUGCUGAUGAGUUAGGAGAGGUCAUCAAAGAUGAUAUUUGGCCAAACCCAUUACAGUACUACUUGGUUCCUGAUAUGGAUGAUGAAGAAGGAGAAGAUGAUGAUGAUGAUGAUGAAGAGGAGGAAGGAUUAGAAGAUAUUGAUGAAGAAGGGGAUGAGGAUGAAGGUGAAGAAGAUGAUGAUGAUGAUGAUGAAGGGGAGGAAGGACAGGAGGAUGAAGGAGAAGACGACUAAUAAAACACUGAUGGAUUCCAACCUUCCUUUUUUUAAAUUUUCUCCAGUCCCUGGGAGCAAGUUGCAGUCUUUUUUUUUUUUUUUUUUUUUCCCUCUUGUGCUCAGUCACGCUGUUCUUGAGGUCUCUUUUCUCUACUCCAUGGUUCUCAACUUAUUUGGGGGGAAAUACCUUGAGCAGAAUACAAUGGGAAAAGAGUCUCUACCCCUUUUUGUUCGAAGUUCAUUUUUAUCCCUUCCUGUCUUAACAAAAACUGUAUGGAAUCAACACCACUGAGCUCUGUGGGAAAAAAGAAAACCCUGCUCCCUUCGCUCUGCUGGAAGCUGGAGGGUGCGAGGCCCCUGUGUAGUAGUGCAUAGAAUUCUAGCUUUUUUCCU